AUGGUGCGUCUGAACACCGUCGUGCCCACGCUGCUGUCGGGAGCCGUGCUUCUGGACGGCGUCCUGGCCGCCAACACCACGUGUGUGGGCGUCAAUGCCAUUUCGCCGCGCUGCAAGUCCAACGAGAGCCUGCACUACCGCGACAUCUUCUACGUCGGCGGCCGGUAUGUAAACACGGCCUCGGGCAACCUGACGUACGACCAAAUCUACGUCGAGAAGCUCACCCCGGCGGCUGGCGUGAAGCAGCCGAAGCCCAUGGUCUUCUUCCACGGCGGAGGUGCUACCGGAACGACUUGGCUCAACACGCCCGACGGCCGCAAGGGCUUCGCCUCCUACUUCCUGGACCAGGGCUACCAAGUCUACCUCCUGGACCAGACCUCGGUCGGCCGCGCAACCGAGGAGAACCUCAAUGACUUCCCCAUGCGCUGGGGGUCGACGGUUGAGAUCAGCCAGAAGGGCUUCACCGCGCCCGAGAUCUCCAAUGCGUAUCCGCAGUCGCAGCUCCACACGCAGUGGCCCGGCACCGGCCUGAGGGGCGACCCAUACUUCGACGCCUUCCAGGCCAGCAUCCUGCCGCUGUCCACCAACCUGACGGCCCAGGAGCUGUCGAUGCGUGCCUCUGGCUGCGCCCUGCUCGAGCUGAUCGGCAGCUCGUACCUCGUCUCUCACUCCAUCGGCGCCCUGCACCCCAUGCUGCUGUCCAACGACUGCCCGCAGCUGGUCGCCGGUAACAUCAACCUCGAUCCCACCACCAUCCCCUUCCAGAGCUACACCGGCAACACCACCUCCGCCGUCGGCCGCACCGACGCCCGCCCCUGGGGCCUGACCAACACCCACAUCGACUACGUUCCCGCCGUCCAGAGCUCCGACGAGCUCAACACCACCUCCGUCGGCGAGGACACGCUCGCCAAGCGCAGCUGCCUCAUGCAGGCCGAGCCCGCCCGCCAGCUGCCCAAGAUUGCCUCUGUUCCCUACGUCGCCCUGACCGGCGAGGCCAGCCCACACAUGACGUACGACCACUGCAUCAUCGACUACUUGGAGCAGGCCGGCGGAACCCCCGAGUGGAUCAAGCUGGGCGAGAUUGGCAUCCACGGCAACGGCCACUUUGGCUUCUUGGAGCUGAACAGCCAUGACAUUGCCGGCGUGGUCCACGACUGGAUCCAGAACAGGACCAUCAGCUCUGUAUGA